GCAUCGUGUGCCGUUGACUUAAUACGCCGUAUGUCGGAGACGAAACGCAACUGAUGAUCCAAUGAAAGAAUUUUUGUUUGUUCUUUCUAGCUAGACUGCUGAACUGAUGCAAUAAGUUGAAGUGAGACAAAUAUAUAUUUUCUCAUUUCAACUUAUUGCACCAGUUCAACAGUGCAGCUGUAAAGAACAAACCAAGUAUUUUUCGAGAACGUGUUAUCGCUAUUGAAUCAUCGACUACAUUUCGAAAUCUGAUUCCGACAUACGACGUAUUGUAGAACAGGCUUAAGAGUCACAUCGAUUACGAAAGAAAGAUUACAGGUUUUAGAAGUUUUUUAUUCGGAUCUAUUUCUCUAUAGAUUUAUACCAGACAUAUGUAUGGCAAACCUUAGUGCAAAAAUUGGUCCGUCGAUUUUAAAUGCUGACUUAACGCAACUUUAUGAGGAAUCGCAAAAGUUAUUAAAUAAUGGCGCAGAUUAUUUGCAUUUGGAUGUGAUGGACGGUCACUUCGUACCUAAUCUUACAUUUGGUCAUCCUAUCGUAAAGUGUCUUAGAAAUAAAAUAAAAGAUGCUUUUUUCGAAACGCAUAUGAUGGUAUCUAAUCCAGACCAAUGGAUUGUACCUAUGGCUGAUGCAGGGGUAGAUCAAUAUACAUUUCACGUUGAACCAGUAAAAGAUGUUUCUCUAGUCUGUAGAAAAGUAAAAGAAGCAGGGAUGAAGGUUGGUGUAGCACUGAAGCCAGGAACACCUGUGGAUGCUGUAUGCGAUUAUAUCAAUUUGGCUGAUAUGGUCUUAGUAAUGACCGUGGAACCUGGUUUUGGCGGUCAAAAAUUUAUAGAGUCAAUGUUACAAAAAGUAGCAUGGUUGAGAGAAAAUUAUCCUUUAUUGGACAUUGAAGUUGACGGCGGAGUUGGACUUACUACAAUUGAGUCUUGUGCAAAGGCUGGUGCUAAUAUGAUUGUGUCUGGUACAGCUAUUAUAGGUUCUCCUGAUCAAGCUAAAGUAAUUUCCACGCUUCGAAAUACUGUAAAUUGUUAUUUGAAACACAAACAUACAGGAUAAUGAUAGUAAUUAGAGACAAUGCGAGAAAUAUUCUUAAGAAAAUAAUGAUGCUUUAUAUUUUUAUAAGGAUGUAUAUGUACAAAGAUCUGUCUUCUUACAAUUAAAGAUUUCUUAUAAUUGCAAUUA